AUGGAUUCCAACGGAGUAGUGGAGACGGCGGCGGAUAUCCUCCGGGAUAUCGCUUCGUUGGAGAAGGCCAAGGCGCAAAUCGAGGAGCGCAUAUCAGCUCUGCGAGCUCGCCUCAGUAAUCGUAGCUCGGAGAAUGGAAGCGAGGCGGCGGAUUCUCCGGCCCCGCGUUCCACCGAAGCGAAUUUGUCGGCCGAUAUGAUCCACAGAUACAGCCGCCACCUGAUACUCCCGUCGUUUGGGGUUGAUGCGCAGGCGAAUUUGUUAAAGUCCUCGGUGUUGGUAAUUGGGGCCGGCGGCUUGGGCGCUCCUGCUCUGCUUUAUUUGGCGGCUUGCGGUGUAGGGCGUGUAGGUAUUGUUGAUCAUGAUGUAGUGGAGCUUAACAAUUUACACAGGCAGGUAAUCCAUACUGAAGCAUAUAUUGGAAGAUCAAAAGUAGAGUCUGCUGCUGCUUCAUGUCGCGCGAUUAACUCUACUGUUCAAGUAGUGGAGCACAAGGAAGCAUUCCAUACAUCCAAUGCCUUGGAGAUUAUGCGAAAGUAUGAUAUUGUUGUAGAUGCAACCGACAAUGUACCUAGUCGUUACAUGAUCAGUGAUUGUUGCGUUGUCUUGGGAAAGCCUCUAAUUUCUGGAGCUGCACUCGGGCUGGAGGGACAGCUGACUGUUUACAAUUUUAACGGAGGUCCAUGCUAUCGAUGCCUAUUUCCAACUCCGCCACCUACAACGGCAUGUCAGAGAUGUGCAGACAGUGGAGUUCUUGGAGUAGUUCCCGGCAUUAUCGGGUGCCUCCAGGCGCUGGAAGCUGUAAAAGUUGCAGGUGCGGUUGGAGAACCACUUUCAGGAAGAAUGCUUCUGUUGGAUGCACUGUCUGCUAGAAUUCGUAUUGUUAAAAUCAGAGGGAGGUCAUUACAGUGUGAAGCAUGUGGAGAAAAUGGUACGAUGACAGAAGAACACUUUCGAACAUUCGACUAUGAAAAGUUUACUCAAUCUCCAUUAUCCACGUCUCCAAUGAAGCUAAAUCUGCUCCCCUCAGAGGAUAGAAUAACGAGCAAGGAGUACAAUGAGAAACAUUCGAAAGGCGAGCCGCAUGUUCUGGUCGAUGUUCGACCCUCUCAUCACUACCAAAUCACUUCCCUCUCGAACUCACUGAAUAUCCCUUUAGCAAAUCUAAAAGAGAGAAUAUCUGAAAUAUCGGUAGCCUUGGCCAAGGAGAAAGAGAAGAACAAGAAUGGUGAUAGCAGUCGAGAAGCCUCUCUGUAUGUGAUUUGCCGAAGGGGAAAUGAUUCGCAGAUGGCCGUUGAGUUACUUCGUGAGAUGGGGUUUGCUUUUGCUAAGGAUAUAGUCGGAGGGCUCGAGUCGUGGGCCCACGAUGUGGACCCACAAUUUCCGAUGUACUGA